GUCACUAUAAAUCGCAGCCGCGGAACGAAGUCCCGUUAUUUGAUUUACGAAGUGUGAAGACGGAGUAAUGCGCAGUAAAAAAUAGAAAUAUCUUCAGAGUCGGUGUGUUAUUAUACGACAGAAUUAUCACUUUAGUUUACACUGCAUCUGAAGUUAUGUUCACUCCGUCUAUAUUAUUGGCUACCGUGCUAGCUGGAUUGAUUUUCCUGUCUGACUGUACCACAGCUACAUAUCUCCUCCGUGCCGGGAGAAAUGUCUGUACGAAGCAACAAGUUGUCAACAGACCGACAUUAAGAGUUGGAUCGUAUUGUCAACCAGUAUAUAAACCUUACAUGACGAGGUGUGACGGGUAUAAACUUUGUAGUAGAUACAGAACAAUUUAUCAGAUAUCAUAUCGGCAAACGUACGACGUGCAACUAUCAACAGAAAGAACAUACGAAUGCUGCCCAGGUUGGACAACACACAGCGAACGAGCCAGGGGCUGCAGACAACCAAUAUGUUCACAGCCAUGCCACAAUUACGGAAGAUGUACGGCCCCAGAAACGUGUACUUGCAGGCCAGGAUGGACAGGCACUUAUUGCGAAACAGAUAUCAACGAGUGUGACACGGGCACGCACUCGUGCAAUCAGAUUUGUCUAAACAACAACGGAAGUUACUCCUGCGCAUGUCAGCCCGGGUUUAUUCUCGAGACAGACAGGCGGAGCUGUAAAGUUUGCCUGACUUGUAUACCUGAAUAUCACGUACUGCUAGCCAGGGUGGAUCAGUUAGAAACGGAAGUGAAGACGCUUGGCCUAGAGGCUAAAAAACCACAGCCUAUCACCGUAACCAACGCAAUUGUUAACGACGAACAGUUGCAGCAGCUUGAAAGAAUCUCUUCUCUCAGUGAACAAAUAUCUUUACUUGAGGAAAGACUGGAUGUGUGUACGUGUAACGAAAAUAAAAAUGGUUAUGGAUUUGGUAAAAAAUAG